AGACUCCAAGAGCGGGGUGAAGAUGGAGAAAGGCGUCCAGGGCCCAGACUGGGACAGCGAUGAAACGGUGAUAGACGGGUCGGUGACGGAGAGUGACCUGGAAGAAGAGGAGCUGCCCUGGAGAAGGUUGCUCUUUGAUCAAGACACAUCUUUUAGAUCUGAGUUCAGUCUCCAUCCUGAUAUAAGUGGAACAUGCAAAGGCACACGCUCUCCUGAGAUUCAGCUUGGAUUGAAGCUCAGAGAGGAUCCACAAAAUCAAAUAAGUAAAAAGAAGACUAUGCCUGUGCUUAGUGAGAAUGCAGUCUUACAGCAACCUCAAGCUGAAAUGGAACAAAAUCAAGCUCUGUUAGAAACCAGAAAAAGUUGUCCAAUGUUCAUUGUGUCAUUUCCUGAAGCUGAACUUUCACUGAACCACAAAAGUAUUCAAGGGCCUAACGCUGAAAACCCUGAAGUUUUGCUACACCCAGCAAAGGAACUAAAUGCAGAUGGAGAUUCUCCUGAAAUUAGCCUUCUCUCAGAUACUGCUGUUAAAGUAUCUGAUAUGGUUGCUGUCAAGGAGAAUUCGUUAAUAGAGCCACAGAAGAUCUUAGCAGCACCAAAUGUAUUUUUUGAGUCUGGAAAGGAAGUCACAUUGACCAUGACUUCUGAAGAAACAAAAGAUGAAGAAAGCUCUGUUGAAACUUUUGUUUCUGUCUUAGAAAAGUUAAUAACAUUACCAGCAAGCACUCAGGAGGAGACAUUGUUUGAAACAAUGAAUGAUAUUGAACCUAGAGAGUUGAUGAGCCCAUUGAGCAACUCUUUGAAUUCCCUAUCAAUACCUUUGACAUGUCACAGAGAUUUACUAGAAAACACAAAGGAUGAUGCAUUGCCAGCUGAAUUGUUAGCAGCCAUAAACACAUUGUCAGAAGCCAAGGAGGGACCCAUUUGUCACAGCAGUCUCAGUGCUGGAAAUGAAUGUUUAGGAAUAGAGCCCAACAUGUCUCAGACUGAUGAAGAUUGCACACAAAUAGCACAGACUCUAGAAGAUCCAAAUCCAUUUGGAUUGCAGACGUUGCUUGAUCAAAAUGUAAUCUCUUGUGAUCCACUAAAUAAUAAGAGAAAUUCAAAUCCAUUGGAAAAUAGCUCUGAUCAGGACCCUCCAUCUGUGUUAAGGAGAUCAUCCAGAAUGAAAGUAGGCAAAUAUACAAAGCACAAAGAUGACGUGUAUAAGAUACCAGAAAAGAUUUUACCCACAGUACUUGGCUGUGAGAGUCAAGCAAAUAACUCUUCAACUAAGACUUUCAGAAUGCAGGAUCCUGCUUUAAUGAUUGAAGGUAAAAGGAAGAAUAUGAAUUCAUCCAGACUCAAGAGUAAAGAACAAACGUGGAAAAAUGGAAAAAUUAUGAGACAGAAAGAAAAAAUGAAGAUGAAUAAAAUACCUCUUUCUCUCAUUAACCGGAGAAACAUUUUUGGAGAGAACUUGCUGUAUAAGGCUGCUCUUCUCAAUGAUUUUCAUCUUGUUCAUUAUUGUAUUGAAAAAGGAGGAAAUGUUAAUCAACCAAGUUAUGCUGGUUGGACAGCACUUCAUGAAGCUAGUGUAAGGGGAUUUUAUGAGACAGCAAGUGAACUAGUAAAAGGUGGAGCAGAUGUAAAUGUCAAAGGAAAGUACCAAAUCACUCCCCUACAUGAUGCUGUGAUGAGUGGACAUUAUAAGGUGGCAGAGUUACUUCUUUUUAAUGGAGCUGAUCCAUUAUUUAGACGUGCCAAUGGAAAGUGUGCUUUGGAUGAGGCCCAAGGUAUACGUAUGAGGCUUCUUCUUGAGAGAUAUGUUCCUAAACAUCAAAAACAGCUUAUUUCAGCUCAAAAGGAUAGCACUGACCCAUUAGAUGUAGAGGAUGCACACCAGCCCAAGAAACCAAAAUUCAGUUCUAAAAAUUGCAUUGGGUUUGUUUGUGAUGAAAAUUCCAACAGACAGAAGGCAGAACAUGUAAAAGUUGAUAAAGGAAGCAAAGAGGGUUUAUUUAUAAAGAAAGAAGAGGUAAAUGAACAUUACCCAAGAAAUUCCAAAAGCACGAAAUUUGGCAACUUCAAGCAUAAGCAAUCAACUGUUAACCAAAUAUACUCUACAGGACUCAGGAAAAACAAUCUCCAUAAUGUCAAGGAUCCCAGCACAAAUGCGUCUAAAUAUAAAGGAAGAAGAAAUGAACAAUAUAAAAGGACUCAGGUGCAUAAGGCAAUCCAAGAAAGAAACUCAAGAAAGACCGUAGCUGUCUCUUCUUCCAGAAGAAGUAGAUUGGUUACUACUGAUCAGCAGCAAAUUCUCCAAACCCUCGAUGACCUCCCAGAAGAGUCAUGUAAACCUUUUAGCCCAGCUCUGUCAAGCCUGGAAAAUGGAUUAAGUAACAAUAUUGAUACUCAUUCAGUUCCCAAAGAGACACAUACCCAGAGCCUGGAUUUAUUAGAAAGUCAAGAAAUAAAAUCCUUGGGAUUAGAAUCCAGUGACCAAGCUAAAGCUGUUACUUUCUCAGGACUUUCUGUACAUAAAGAAAUUGAAUUACCCGUUGUUACUACAGAUCAGCAGGCUCAAAUUCACCAAGAACAACAGCACAUUAGUCCUUAUAAAUCCCAUGAAAACACUAACUCGGAUGAAAAAAAAGAGGACCUUAAUAAGUGGGAAAAUUUUAAUAAUGAUAUUCAUGUUGAUUGCUGUACCUCUGAGGAGACCAUAAUGUCUAAAAAGGUGAUAUAUUCUACAAGUUGCAAAAACCACUAUAAUUAUAAAGAGAAUAUAACAAAUAGAGAAGUAAUGGAUUUUGAACAGUCUUUACCUUCUAAAGACCAUUUUUCACAGGAAAAUAAGUUAAAAGCAGGUGGCCUAAGCAUACUUCCACAACAGGAGGCUGUUAAUUUUUCUAAUUCAGAUAAUACAGCCGUUUCUGAACCACACAUUGCAAAUUAUGAGCAAUAUAUAUAUGGAACUUCUUUUGGUCACUCACAAGGCAGUCCUGAGCAUACUUCUUUGGCUUGUACAAGAACAAUUUCAACACAUGAAGUUUCUCAGUUGACUAAUCAUGUGGAGCAAUUCCAAAGGCCUCAGAAUUGUAGUAGCCCCAGCAUACCAACUUCUUUAAUGAAUCAAACAAAUACACAUAUUGUGGAAAAGGUGAAUAAGAAAGAAGGCACUAAAAGGAAUUACACUGACAAAGGCCAAAAACCAAAUUUUUCAAAUGGGCCUUUAUCCACAGUUGUUCAUUCUCAAGUAAUAGAAACAACUAAAGUUGAAAAAAUGAGACAAGACCUUGCUGAGAGUGAAAUCAUACAUAAUAUAGAUUUUCAUUCCAUUGACAAUAUGAAUAAAGAAUUGACCAACAUCUCACAAGUUAGUCAAAGAGAAGAGAAGGAAAUUUCUCAUAAGCCAGAUAAGGAAUUAACUAAUAUCUUUGGAGAUGAAAGCACUGUAAGAAAUUGUGAGGAGAACAAGGAUAGAACAGAUUCAGAAAUUCACAUACCUGCUAACAUCCGAGAACAAAAUUUAUCAAAAGCUACCUGCAGCCAAGAAAUGAAAACAGCUGGGAUCUAUAAGAGGCAUGCCAGGGGGGAAAGCCCACUUCAUUUGGCUGUCAGAAGAGGAGAUUUGUCUCUGGUGAAAGUUCUAAUAGAAUCUGGAGCAGAUGUGAAUCUAAAAGAUAAUGCAGGUUGGACACCACUACAUAAGGCAUCUAGUGAGGGAUCUGAUGAUAUAAUAGUGGAGUUGUUAAAAGCUGGUGCUAAUGUUAACUGUGAAGAUCUACAUGGAAUUCUGCCCUUACAUGAUGCUGUUGCAAAUAAUCAUUUAAAGGCAGCUGAGAUUCUACUACAACAUGGAGCAAACCCUAAUAAAAAGAAUAAAAAACAAAAGACUGCUUUAGAUGAAGCAGCUCAUGAAAGAAUGAGAGAGCUGCUAAAAUCUUAUGGUGCUAUUGAGAUUGAUAGUAGAGAUAAGAAUAAAGCUAGAGUCACUGUAAAAAUUCCUACUGUCCAGUCCAAAAGACGCAAACCGUGUUUUUGUGAUGGCUUAAAAACUAUUGAUCCACCUUCUCUUUCACACCAAGAAAAAACAAGAGAAAGCCUUCAUAUGCAUCAGACCAUAAGUGCCAUUCUACAAGAUAUAGAAGAAAAACAGGAAAUUUUAUUGGAGUUUGAAAUAAGAACCCCCGAAGAUGCAGAACAAUACACUGAAAAGAUGUUAGAGAUAAAAGAGAUUCUGGAUAAUGUGCUUGCCAAACAGAAGGCAGAAAGGGAUGAUCUGGCUAAAAAAUACAGGGUAUCCAUAGAAUCAUUUAAGCAUGGUGUCCUGAGAGAACAACUGGCUAACUUGGCCAUGAGACAGAAGAGCCUUUUAGUUGUGGCAAAAAAACAGAAAAAAAUAAGCCAGAAAAUUCAAAACUAUAAGAAUGUUACCUCUGUGUCUGGUCUUAGUUUGAGGAAACUGCCAUCCAGCUCAGAGAUCCCUUGUGAAAAGGACAGCCAAGAGCUUACCAGCCUGGAAAAUUCAGUGCAGCCCCUGGCGGGUUCAUUUUCUCCUGCCAGCUCUGUUUGUGAAAGCACACAGGAGUCACAGUUGUCUCUGGAAACAUGGAACAACAGCCAAAAUUCCAACACUUGUCUAAAUUUAGGGACAGUGAGAGGGGAAGAAUUUUCUGGAAUUAAGCUGAAUUCUAGACGAAAUGUCAAUGACUAUUCCUUGGAUGAGUUUUCAAAAUCCAGACCUUUAGAUGGCACUAAAAAGAUUAAGUUACCUGUUGCUUUUAUUGCUCAAGCAGAAUAUUUACAAAAAGAAAAUGAUCUUACAGAACAUACAACCAAAGAUCAUGACUCCUAUAGUCCUUCUGCACUAACUGGCCCAUUAAAUACUUCAGAAACCACAAGUGUACUUGUCCCAAAUGAUGCCCAUCUGUCAACUGUUAUUUGUGGUCAGACUCUUUCCAAUUAUGAUCCAAAAAAAGGAAACAAGAAAACAGCUCCCCAGCAACCACCUAGGGGGGCAUCAGAAACCGUGACACAUCAAGAUAUUGAUGAUUUAGGCAGUGAUAUGGGGCAUCAGAUGGAACCAUAUCUUAAAAAUUCAGCUUUUGCUGUUCCACAUGCAAAUGACAGUCAGAGCACCUCCUCUUCUGGGUCUGGCCCUCAGCAUACUGCAAAAAAGCCUUUGAACUACAGCACAGCUCCUAAAAAGAAGCGUAUGCAGAUAAAGGAUCUGAUAGCACUAGGAAGAAUUAAUCCAGGAAAUAACAUUUUGGAAUUCAAAACACAGGAGACUACCCACAAAGCCAGUGUUUUAUUGAGUGGUAAAAUUAAGGUAGAAAAUGGUAAGAUUUAUCAAAAUCCAGUCACCUGGCUCAAGGAUCUUCUAGGAGGUGACAGUCAUGUGACCUGGAAUUAUGCUUGGAGUAAGGUAACAUAUCUGGGGAAGGAGCUUUUAAAGUGUGCUUCUGAAGAAGUACCCAUACCUCCAGAACCAAACUUGGUACCUCAACAACAUCAACCUUAUCUUCCAGGAACUUCCAGCAAGUCAAUGCCAAGUAUCCCACAUUAUCUACAAAUAAAUGAAAUACUAUUAAUCAGCGAUCAAGAAUUUCUCCCAUGCCAUAUAAUGGAUCAGCAUUGGAAGUUCUAUGUGGAGUGUGAGGAGCUAACAUUCUAAAGCUUUGUUUUCUUAAUAAUGUAUUAGGUAUUUGUUCAUAUUAUUAACUAACAUUCAUACUUCAUUUUUUUGGUCUGGUGGGCCUAUUUUAAUACACACUUAAGAUGUGUGUUUACUGUUGUAAGAAAAAAACAUAACUUCAACUACUGAAGUAAGAUUAAUACUUUUUUACCAUUCAAAUAAAGGCAUUUAAAAAAAUCUUUAUUGUUCAAAGUAUUACAUAGGCCCUCUUCCCCCCCAUUAACCUCUUCCAGCCCGAUCCUGUCCGCCCCACCCUCAGGCCCUCACCACCCCAUUGUCUGUGCCCAUAGGUUAUGCAUAUAUGCAUACAAGUUUACUGGUUGAUCUAUUCCCAUCUACCCUCCCCUGCCUUCCCUCUGAGGUUCAACUGUCUGUUCAUGCUUCUAUGUCUCUGGGUCUAUAUUUGCUCAUCAAUUCAAAUAAAGGCAUUUUUGAAGUAAA